AUGGCAGAGCUUCACGAAGCCCUCUCAUACCUGAAACCCGUAGCCUGGGAAGAAGUCCCCACGUCUUCUUCAUCCUCGACAAGUGACCUGCACCAAUACACCCGCGAAAUCCUCACCAAAGCACGACUCAUCACCGAAACAGUCCCAGAGCAAAACACGUCGAGCUCAUCAUUAAGUUAUGAACCCUUCUCCCAAUCACAUCUCGAUUCACUACGGAAAGAAUGGGGCAAACCCAUCAAGAUGAAUAAUGCAAAGGAGAAUCCGUUGAAUAUUCCAAUCUAUAAAUUGUCGGGAAAAGAUGGCAAGGGUGCAUGGUUUGCUCGUCGGAGUGUUCACAAGGGUCUGCCAUUUAGUAGAUGGAAGUCGAAGAUGCAGGUUGAAAUGGACGAGACUCUACGGGCUCGUCAGGAGGAGCUCAAACAAGGUCGGAUACCAACAACGAGUAUACGGGGCAUAGGCGGGGACAGGAGGUUAGAAGAUAUUGACAUUCGGGACCCAGAAACAGAAAAGGUACUGGGUAAAGUAGAGGUUUACGAAUUGUCGGCUCAGUUUCCUGGACCGACUACUCCGCGUGAUUUUGUCACUUUGAUGAUUACCUCCGAUGCAAUGUUGGGUGAUGGCGCGGAUGGUGACCUCCCUUUACCACCCGCUUAUAUGAUUGUCUCCAAGCCUUGCCAACAUCCAGACGCUCCGGAGCGGGAUGGUUAUAUCCGCGGUCAAUACGAGUCUGUCGAAUUGAUCAGAGAGCUACCAAUAGAGAAAACCACAGCAAAAGGGACGCAUGCGAAACGAUCAGCCAGCACUCGUCGUGCAAACACCCAUGGGCGGGACCCCAACAGCGCAAUAGAUAGCAGAAGUACCAAAUCAAAUGGAAGCUCAAGAGGGAAAACUGAACCGCCUGUGCCUGUUGACGCGGACGGAGAAUCUGGCAAUGAGGUUGAUGAUCCCAAUCCAGUGGAAUGGAUCAUGAUUACUCGAAGUGACCCUGGUGGCAGCUGA